UGAAGAAAGCAAGAGGUCAUUGAAAAGACAGGAAAGAAAGAAAAGACCAAGAUGGAUGUCAGAGGAGACUCUGAAACUUGUUCUUGUACAUCGAGCAGCUAAAGCAAAAGGAAGAAAAGAUGAAGUAAAAGAACUGAACAGAAGAUUUCAAAGGGUGGCUCGAGAAGACAAAGUCAAAUAUUACGAUGACAUUUCAACUCAUUGCUAGGUGCCUCAAAAUGAUAAACUUAUUUCAUUUAACCCCCACAGUAUAAACUUAAAAUUUCAGAAAAAUUAACUCCUUGUUACUGUUAUGUUUGCUCCCGAAAACAAUGGAGUAUGUCACUACAGUGAAUGAGUUUCUUUUACUUGAUCUGACCAGUGUUCAGGACGUACAGCCUUUCUACUUUGUGAUUUUCUUUAUCAUUUACCUGAUAAAUUUGGUUGGAAAUGGAGCUAUACUAGUAAUUGUUUUCUUGGAGUCCAAACUCCACUCCCCUAUGUAUUUUUUUCUGGGAAACCUUUCUUGUCUGGAUAUUUGCUAUUUUUCAGUGACACUGCCUAAGGUGCUUAUAAACCUCCUCUCCGUUCGGAGGACCACAUCCUUCCUAGGCUGCAUUGCUCAGCUCCACUUUUUCCAUUUUCUGGGAAGCACAGAGGCCAUCUUACUAGCUACGAUGGCCUUUGACCGAUUUGUGGCCAUCUGCUACCCACUCCGCUACAUGGUCAUCAUGAGCCCCCAGGUGUGUAUUCUGCUGGCAGGUGUGGCCUGGCUCACCAGCUUGUUUUACACCCUGAUGCAUUCAGUCAUGACCGCACACCUGAACUUUUGCAGCUCUCAGAAAGUCAAUCACUUCUUCUGCGAUGUUAAGCCCCUCUUGGAACUGGCCUGCAACAACACACUACUCAAUCAAUGGCUUCUUUCCAUUGUCACAGGCAUCAUAUCCAUGGGAGCUUUCUUCCUGACUCUCCUUUCCUACUUUUAUAAUAUUGGCUUCCUUCUGUUCAAGCACCUGCCCUGCAGUGUGCUCCGCAAGGCUCUGUCCACUUGUGCCUCCUCUUUCAUGGUGGUUUGACUCUUCUAUGGACCUGUGGGCUUCACAUACAUUCGUCCUGCCUCAACUUUCUCCAUGAUUCAGGACCAAAUGAUGGCCAUCAUAUACAGUGGAGUCACCCCAGUGCUGAAUCCACUGAUACACACCCUUAGGAAUACAGAAGUGAUACUGGCUCUGAAGAAAAUCUUUAUGAGGAAGUUUUUGUUUAAAGACUGCCAGCAGCACCACUAG